AUGCUUAAAACCUUCGGUUUUAUUUCUUUAGAUCCAGUUAAAGGCCAAGGUAUUCUCGCUUCUGGGCGGCCAUAUUAUUGGUACAAGCGUUGCAUAUUCAAGUGCACUCGCCCACCAUCUGUGCCAUUUACCGAGCAUGACGGCAGUUCGUCCGCCCGGAUGACACCCAUAAUGGUUCUUCUAUAA